UUCUUUUUAGAUAAUCUCUACUAUUUUCUUUACUGGUUCUUGGUGCAGCUUCUACCUCCAGGAUUGUAUAUAUUGCAACCUUCAUUUGGCUGCCAGUGAUAUAAUUAUAAUAUUCAUAUUAUAUAUUGUUUUUUGAAUUUUUACUACACCCAAUGGACUGGUAGGAUGAUAGUUUAUAUUGUUAGCUUGGUUUACUAGUUCACUCAAUCCCACUCUCAGGGAAGAACUUAUUUUCAGACUGGAAGCUCAAACAUGUGACAAGCAGUGAGAAGAGAAAAAAUCAUCAGUAGUAGUGCUAUCAUGGCAUUUUCAAGUUCUCUUUUCUGUAGGCUGCUAUUAAUGCUCUUUGUUUUUAUCCUUGGUUUGAUCAGUGGCAGUAGCCUUGUGCUGAAUGAUGAUGUGUUAGGGCUGAUAGUAUUCAAGGCUGGAUUGCAGGACCCCAACAAGGCAUUGGAUUCAUGGAAUGAAGAUGAUGACAGCCCUUGCAGCUGGAAGUAUGUGAAUUGUGAUCAUAGGAAUGGCAGAGUCACACAAGUUGUCCUUGAAGGUUUGGGCUUAUCAGGAAGGAUUGGGAGAGGCCUAGAAAGAGUAGAGAAUUUGCAUACACUCUCUGUUGCUUAUAACAACUUUUCAGAAUCCAUAAGUCCUGACAUUGCACAAAUUGGAGGUCUGAAGAACUUGAAUUUGAGCCAUAAUAAGUUGUCAGGUAGGAUUCCUGAUGGGUUUGGCAAUAUGGAACGUUUUAGGUCUCUGGAUUUCUCAAACAAUGCAUUGUCUGGACCCAUUCCUGACCAGCUCUUUGGUGGGUCUCUCAAAAGUAUAUCUCUCUCAGGUAAUAUGCUGUCUGGUCCUAUUCCUCAGAGCUUGCUUGCGUGCUUGUACUUGAGAAACUUGAAUCUUUCUGCAAAUAAUCUGUCUGGUUCUUUACCAGCAUCCUUCUGGGCAUUAAGGAAUCUGAGGGUAUUGGAUUUGUCAAACAACAAUUUUGUUGGUGUUGUCCCCGUGGGUAUUAAGGGAUUGUAUAAUCUGAGAGAACUUUACUUGCAAAAUAAUCAAUUUUCAGGGCCUGUGCCCUAUGACAUUGGUUGGUGUCGACAGCUGAUAGCCUUGGACUCAAGCCAUAAUUUGCUUUCAGGCACUCUACCUGAAUCCCUGCAAGCUUUGAAUUCAUUGGUAUUUCUGAAACUACAAAAGAAUAAGUUGGAAGGAAGUAUUCCUUCUUGGAUUGGGAAUCUGACUAGCAUUCAGCACAUAGAUUUGUCGCAUAACAAAUUCAAUGGCAAACUUGCAACUUCUGUUGGUAGGUUGAGAUCUCUAGUAUUCCUCAAUAUGUCCAACAAUGCACUUUCUGGAGCCAUUCCCAGAUCAGUCUUGCAAUGCAGUAACCUGUAUGUUUUAGAUUUAAGUAACAACCUUUUGUCAGGACUCAUUCCACAGGAGCUGUUUCAGUUGGGCUUAAAGCAUGUAGAUUUGUCUUCGAACAAUCUCACUGGAACUAUACCUCUUGGUUCAACCAAUUUGUACGAUGUUCUGGAGGAGUUAGAUUUGUCAAAUAACCAGUUGAGAGGAGAGAUACCAUUUCAGAUCAGUUUAUCCUUCAAUUUGAAGUACUUGAAGUUAUCAGCAAAUUUUCUGGAGGCAAUGAUUCCUCCAGAGUUUGGUGAUUUCAGAUUUAUAAAAGUACUGGAUCUGAGCUACAAUAAGCUCUAUGGGAUGAUUCCAGGGAAUUUAUUUGACUCGGGCAGCCUCUCCGUCCUGAAAUUAGAUGAUAAUAUGCUUACUGGGCGAAUUCCUGCAGAAAUUGGAAACUGUGCUUCUAUGUAUUUCCUGAGCCUGGCACGCAAUCAGCUGAAUGGACCUAUACCAGCAGAACUAACCAAACUACAGCAUCUUGCAAUCUUGAACUUAUCUAACAAUAAACUGACAGGGAUGUUACCUACAGAACUAGAGGAUCUUCCAAAUUUACUUGCAGUGAACGUAUCUUUCAACAGACUGGAAGGUAGAAUCCCAAUGAAAGGUGUGUUUCAAUAUUUGGAUAUGACAUCAUUUGAGGGCAAUGCAGACUUAUGUGGAGCCAAUUUGAAUAGAACCUGCCAAAUGGCUAUGGAUAAGCCUCUAGCUCUUGAUCCAAAUGCAAGAGGUAGGAAUGUGGGGGGCUUUCCUGCUGUAGUUGAAAGCAAACACAGGAAACUUGUGCUGAGUGUUUCAGCAAUCAUUGCAAUAUCGGCAGCUGCAGUCAUUGCAUGUGGAGUUAUUGCUGUGACAAUUUUGAAUCUCAGGUCUCGAAAUCAGCUCGAUUCAACGUUGGUCAACCUCCCCAUUGAAGCAUUUUCCAGAUCUUCAAGCAGUGAAAUGCCAUCAGGUAAGCUAGUGAUGUUUUCUCCCAGUGCAGAUCUAUGGACCGAGGAUUGGAUAAAUAAUGCUCACUGUUUACUGAACAAAGACUGUGAAAUUGGAAAAGGAGGCUUUGGAACUGUAUACAAGGCAGUACUAGGGGAUGGAAGGGUAGUUGCAAUUAAGAAGCUGAUGAUCUCAAACUUGGUGAAAUCCCAAGAUGAUUUUGAAAAGGAGGUCCAUCUCCUGGGGAAGAUGAAACAUCCAAAUCUAGUUGGUCUAAAAGGUUACUAUUGGACACCACAGCUACAACUCCUAUUCUAUGAUUAUGUUCCAAAUGGAAGCUUGUACAGUAAAUUACAUGAGAAGUCCCACCCAAGUGCCUCUCUGAAUUGGCAAACUCGUUUCAAAAUAGCAUUGGGUGUUGCUAGAGGACUUUCCCACCUUCACCAAGCUUGCAGACCCCCACUCAUACAUUACAAUAUAAAGUCCAGCAAUGUACUACUGGACGGGGACUGCAACCCAAGAAUUUCAGAUUAUGGUCUUGCCAAGCUCCUACCAAUGCUUGACAAGCACAUCCUGAGCAGCCAAUUUCAGAAAGCCCUGGGAUAUGUUGCCCCUGAAUUUGCUUGUCAAAGCCUAAGGAUAAAUGAAAAAUGUGAUGUAUAUGGGUUUGGUGUGCUGGUUUUGGAACUGGUUACUGGUAGGAGGCCAGUGGAAUAUAUGGAAGAUGAUGUUUUGAUCCUGUGUGACCAUGUAAGGACUUUACUUGAAGAAGGGAAUCCCUUGAGUUGUAUUGAUCCAACCUUGAAUGAUUUUCCAGAGGAAGAAGUAAUUCCGUUGAUCAAGCUGGGAUUGAUUUGUACAUCACAGGUACCUUCUAGCAGACCAUCCAUGGCAGAGGUGGUACAAAUACUUGAUGUUAUAAAGGCGCCAUUAGAAAGCAGAGAAAGGCUCUAAAAGCUGAAUCAGUUUUUGGUAAGUUUUCUUCAACAUUUAGCUCCUAUUUUGGCUCAAGCAUUGGCACAAAUGCAAAAAUAAUGUCCACCUUUCACCAAUAAGUACCAUUGUCGGCAAUCAAAAAUGUCAUGGAGCUUCCAAUCCUGAGGCAAUGAAGCUUCCAAUCCUGCCAAGAUAUCAUUGUCGAAUUCUUUGGUGACCAAUAUCUCUAACUCUUUGCAAAGGUUGAUAAUUCUCCCGUUACUAUGAAGUGUAUUUCAUAGUACUUUUCUGCAUUUGUUCAAUUCUUAACAAUGCUUGAACAGUCUUGAAUUUGGUGUUCUGCUGUAAAUUCUUUGUAAAAGACUCACAAUGUAGUUGUGGGUCGAUGCUGUUUGUAAGAACUGUACUCAUUUGGUUUUGCACUGUUAAUUUAUAUUUUCAGCUCUUCUGUGUGUUAAA